AUGAAUAGCGGAGUCUGUGUAAAAGGAUCACUCUACGGCCCAGCUGAAAGCGACUUUUAUGGAGUGUUGACUGACAUUAUUGAGUUAGAGUAUCCAGCUCUACCAAUAAAGAGGACGGUUUUAUUUAAAUGUAAUUGGUUUGAUCCUACAAAAACGGUUGGUAUGUUAGUCCAUCCUCGGUAUAACAUAGUGGAUGUUAAUCACAGAAGGAGAUACAACAAAUAUGAACCUUUCAUUUUAGCUGAACAGUCUCACCAAGUACAUUACUUACCUUAUCCUAGCAAAAAGCGGGACAAGAAAGAUUGUUUUGUAAUUUGUUUUGCAGAUAUGAGAGGUUCAGGUUCUUCUUCUGCCGGCCGAGGCCGGGGUAGGGACACUGGUCAGGGACGUGGACGUGGACGUGGCGACCCAGAGCAGGAUCCACUUGAGAGCUCAGAUCCAGGGGCUGAGCAGCAGGUGCUGGCGGGUAGACCCGCACCGCGGAGAGCGGCGAGACAGCCACAGGACCAGCCGCCAGCUACGGACAAGACUGGGAGGAUUAGAGUUACACCUGAUGCUGCAAGAGAAAGGUUACUAGAUAGCAGGAACGACAGCGGGAGCGCAUCGAGGGCGAUCUUGCCCAUUUUCCGAUCUAGCUGGUUCCCUGAGGGUUCCUCGUGGAAGAAGCUGACAGCAGAGCAUAAGGGCUUCUACUUCGAGGAGUUCAAGAAGGGUUUUUGCUGGGACUCCACCCACCCUGAGGACCUGAUUAGAGGGGUCUUCUACCGACAUGCGGCUAAUCGGUACAAAGAUACUCUCCACAACAUGAAGCCAGAUAAAAAAGAGGGCAGUGUUAGUGCUGAUACUUGGGCGUCGUGGAAGCGAGACUGGGAUACUGCUGAGGCUAAGAAGAAGUCUGAGGCAGCACGAGCUAAUCGGCUGAGUGAGCCGUCCGGAGCUGGCACCGGACCGGUUCGACAUACCGCAGGAUCGAGAUCGGCUACGAGGCAUAAGACAGUUAUGACUGAGGAGCUCGGUCGAGAGCCCACUUUAGCUGAGUUGCAUGUACGGUUGCACCUGACCAAGGCUGAUCGGAUUGUCUUCGUUGACAAGAGAUCAAAGGAUAAAAAUGACCGUUUCCAGGCAGAGCUUGCUGCAGCGACCCAGUCUCAGGCGGCUGGAGAAGGGAGUUCGUCGACUCCAGAGCCGAUCGACGAGAACGAGCUGUUUUUGUCUCUCGAGGCAAUCAAGAAGCAGCGAGUCUACGGUAUUGGUUCGGCUUCAGCAUCCUACAUCGGCCAGAGCAGCCGAUUGCGCCGCGGCGGAUCAUCCCAGUCACAGCAGCAGGCGGUCGUUAGUGAGGAGAUCGAGCAGCGCAUUGCUAGAGAGGUUGAGGAGCGACUCGAGCAGCGGAUGCGUACUGUGGAGGCGGGUUUUGAAGAGCGGGUCGAGCAGCGGAUCCGUACUGUGGAGGCGGGUUUCGACGAGCGGAUCCGUACUGAGCUUGCGCGACUGAUGACUACACUCCCACCGGAGUUACGACCGCAGUUUCCCCCACCUCCACCUCCACCGGCUGACGACACUACUAGUUUGGGGUAGUAUAGUAUUUGGACUUGGAUUUUUAUAAUACAGUUUGCAUAUUUUGACUUAUUUAGUAUUUAUCGAAUUGUAUACUUUUUUACCGUUUAUUUAUAUAUAACGGUUUCGGUUUAUGUUUA